GUCUCUUCCGUUCUCCUGCAAUAUCACACGCGCCGCGGCGUAUAUCAGCCCCAUGAGCUGCUCCGCGGCGCGCAACUCGUCCGCGCGAUCGGCGAGCGCUUUCGCGCGAUCGCGCGCUAGUGCUACGCAGACAGCAAGGCCGCGAGCAGCAGCGGCUCAAUUAAAAACCCGCGCUCCGGACACGCGUAUACGCACAGACACAUACACAUCCAUAAGAACGCUGUAUACAGAAAGAGAAAGAGAUCGAGCGGACGAGCGAGCGCAACCGAGUAUUAUAACGAGCGCUUUCACUUUUGCGGACCUGCAGCUAUAUACAUACACACACGCACACGCGUUUGGGUCGGAGCCACCGAAUCACCAACUACCGCUGCAUCGAAUUCCACGGGUGUGAUCUAUCGAGCGGUUCGUUUGCUUUUUGCCAGGACAGCGACGAGACAGGAUCAUGCUCGUAACGGUUUUGAUAUUAUUGUGCCUGUCGGCACAAAUGAUGGCGUACGAUCCAGAGGAUAAAUCGCUGAAAGAUAUUCUAUUACCAAAAGGUCACUUUGAAGCAUUUUACUUGAAGGGCGAUGAAGACAAUGCCGCGAGACCACCGCAUCUUCACGGAUCCUUCCAUAAACACAAAAAUCCUGCCUUGAUCAACGCUCCGAAUAGUGCAGCUUAUGGUUUUAGAUUUGACGGAAAACGCAGAUUUAACUUUGAUUAACCGAUAUCAUGUAUUAAAUGAUUCGAUUAUGCUAUCGAUUUUCUUAUCUGCAAAUUGUUUAUAAAAAUAAAUAAAUCAUCUACUUACUAAAUCAAAUUGAAGAUACCACAAUCACUAAACUGAGUUUUGCAAUGAAAA